CGGCGGGUUGCUGGGCUGCGAGGGGAGCUCGUGAAUAGUCACCGGAUGGUGAAUAUUCGUGCACACGCGUGACGCGGCGCCCGGAGGCGGGACGAGCGGGCAUGGAGGGAAACGGCGCUCGGGCUCGGGGAGCCGGGGCCGGCAGCCGGCCCCGGCCCCGGCUCGACCUGCUGUUCGUGCGGCGCUUCCUGAGGAUCCAGGCUGUGCUGUUUCCCAAAUGGCCCUCCCCGAACGUGCUGAUGUUCCUGACGCUGCUCGGCGUGGCCGUGCUGGAGCAGCUGGUUAUCUAUCAGGUCGGUGUCAUCCCCAGCCAGUACUACGAGGUGCUGGGGAGCAAGGACUUCUCAGGAUUCCAAACGCUGACUGCCGUCGCGCUGACCAUGAUUGUAGUGAACUCCACGCUAAAAAGCUUCGACCAGUUUAUCUGCAACCUGCUGUACGUCAGCUGGAGGAAAUCUCUCACUGAAUACCUCCACAAAUGCUACUUCCAGGGCCAAGUCUACUACAGCCUGCACAUUCUGCACGAGGACAUCGAUAACCCGGACCAGAGGAUCAGCCAGGAUGUGGAGAGGUUCUGCAAGCAGCUCAGCUCCAUGGCCAGCAAGCUUGUCAUCUCUCCCUUCACACUGGCAUACUACACAUACCAGUGCUUUCACAGCACAGGCUGGCUAGGCCCUGUGAGCAUCUUUGGGUAUUUCGUCAUUGGGACAAUCGUUAACAAGGUAUUGAUGAGCCCAAUUGUGUCUAAACUUGUGCAGCAGGAAAAGCUGGAGGGGGAUUUCAGGUUCAAGCACAUGCAGAUUCGUGUCAAUGCAGAACCAGCUGCUUUCUAUCGGGCCGGGCAAGUGGAGCACAUGCGCACUGACCGCAGGCUGCAGAGCCUGCUGCAGACCCAGAGGGAGCUGAUAGGCAAGGAGCUGUGGCUCUACAUUGGAAUCAACACCUUUGACUACCUGGGCAGCAUCCUGAGUUACGUGAUCAUUGCCAUUCCUAUCUUUUCUGGGGUCUAUGGUGACCUGAGUCCAACAGAACUCAGUGCCUUGGUCAGCAAGAAUGCCUUUGUUUCCAUCUACCUCAUCAGCUGCUUCAGCCAGCUCAUAGAUCUCUCCAGCACUGUGACCGAUGUUGCUGGCUACACACACAGGAUUGGUGAACUGCAGGAGACCUUGCUGAGUCUUGGCAGAAAAGAAAAUGAGAGCUACUCAGAAACAAAAGCCUGGGACUCAGACAGCAGUGAGUCUGGGGAGGACCAAGAGCCAAGGGAUACAGCUUUCCUUCUGGAGCGAGUGACGCUCUCAGUGCCAUCCUCUGGCAAGCUGCUCAUCAAGGAUCUGAGCCUCAGGAUCUCGCAAGGAGACAGCAUGAUGAUCAUGGGGAACACUGGCACAGGGAAGACAUCUCUCCUGAGGGCACUUGGGGGACUCUGGGAGAGCACACAGGGGAAUGUCCAGAUGCUGACCUGCUUUGGCCCCCAUGGAGUGGUGUUCUUGCCACAGAGGCCAUUCUUCACUGAUGGCAGCUUGCGUGAGCAGGUGAUCUAUCCUCUGAAGGACAUCUAUCCAGUUUCGGGAUCUGCAGGUGAUGAGAGGAUUGUGCGAUUCCUGAAGCUGGCAGGGCUGACCGAUUUGCUGGCAAGGGCUGGAGGACUGGAUAAGCAGGUGGACUGGAACUGGUAUGACAUCCUGUCCCCAGGGGAGAUGCAAAGGCUCUCAUUUGCACGGCUCUUCUACCUUCAGCCAAGAUAUGCAGUGCUAGAUGAAGCCACCAGUGCUCUGACAGAAGAGGUGGAACACGACCUGUACCGUGUGUGCCUUCAGCUGGGCAUGACUCUGAUCAGCGUGGGACACAGGGCCAGCCUGGAGAAGUUCCACAGCUGGAUUUUGAAACUUCAUGGAGGGGGAAGAUGGGAACUCAUUCAAUGUGAGAAGAUGAAACGGCUUCCGUCCUGGGAAGAAUGACAAGAAACAUAUCCUAAUCUGGCCAGCCACAGAAACUAGACACACCUGGGACAUCUCUGAAUAGCAGACAUGGAGCUGCAGAACUGUCAGCAAGAGAUUCAGUUGGUUGGUGCAAGACCAAUUAUGAAAUCUGCUGAUGGACACAGGGCUAAGUCUGAACUUAUACCAGGACCACACAUGUCCCACUGAUGAGAGAAGGGGUUGGGCUGCUAGGUUGCCAAAAAAGAAAAAUAAGCUUACGCUGCCUUAUGGCAUUGAGGAUGCAGCACUGUGAUGCUAAGAUAGAAGCUGGUGUUCUUCUGUCAGUGCCUUGCUGGGACCUCUGUCUCUGGUGCUACAAACUUGACUUCUGAGCCUCUGGCUUCCCAAGCAACAGGUAACAUUGUAAUAAAAGAAAAAGACUGGCACAGAGAAGAACACGACUGUCAUCUCCUUAAGAUACAUAAUAACAGAUCAAAUAAACAUUUUUGUAUUAAAA